GUCAGCACACACAGCAGCAGCGGCAGCAGCUAAAAUAAGCAAUAGCCAAAACCAACAACGCAAUUUCGCGAAAACAAACAAAAGUCGUUCGUUCGAUUACGAUUUACAAGUGCUCAAAAGUAACGGAAAGUUUCAUAAUCAAAAAGAUGUCUGCAUCUCCCACUGCUCGCCAAGCCUUCUCCCAUGCACUGCCACUGGCCAUGACGAAGACCAAGAAGGUUGUCAUAUCGGAUCCCAUCCAAAUGCCGGAAGUGUACUCCUCCACGCCCGGCGGCACCCUCUUCUCCACCACACCUGGCGGCACCAAGGUGAUCUAUGAACGGGCCUUCAUGAAGAAUCUGCGUGGAUCCCCGCUGAGCCAAACGCCGCCCAGCAAUAUACCCAGCUGCCUGCUGCGCGGCACGCCCCGCACCCCCUUCCGCAAGUGUGUGCCCGUGCCCACGGACUUGGUGAAGAAGACACAAUCGCUGAAAAUUGAGGAACAGGAGCAGUUCCAGCUGGAGCUGUAAAUGCGCAACACACCAAGAACAAUGCAUCCCAAUUCCAAGCAGCUACUGCCAAAACGCAUAGACAUCAUCCAAAAUGUUUUUAUCAUAAGAUAUCCAUCUAGUUGUAUUGUCACACCUGAUACUGAUCUUAUAGUGCUAGCUCUCAUAUUUAUGCCAUCAAAUUGUCCAUGUAGCUCUUAAGUUGUUCGUUUAGUGUUCAGUCAUAUUGAUUGAAUUUGUGUUCUUAAUUUAAUUGAUAAAUUUUAGUUAGUAAGCAACUCAUGCAAUAAAAACUUAUAAAUAAUUUUGAAUUAUUGAAA